AUGGCGACCUGCAUCGGCGAGAGAAUCGAGGUGCGGAGCGGAGGCCUCCUUCCUUCACUCCCCCCCCCCCCAACCCCCACCCCGCUGCCAAAUGGCGGCGCGGGCUCGCGGCGGGUGCCGGGUCGGCAGAGGGAGGCACAAAACGGCGGGGCGAGGCGGAGCGGAGCGGCGGCCUCGUUCCCCCUCCUGCCACGCCCAGAAGCGGCUUGUUUGUGGGAAGCGGCCGGUGGGGCGGUGCGCGGCUCCUCCCCCCGCCGCGCAGUGACGAGCGGGAGGCGCUCUCCGGGCGGCGGCGCGGCCCCCCAGGCGCUGCCAUGGCAGCCGGGCCCGCGGGAGGGUUCUCCGCCGCUCUCUACCCCUGCCCCCCGCCCGAGGAGCGGCGGGAGAGGCGGCGGGAAGGCGGCCCGCCGGCCGGGCGCGGGCAGCGGCACUGGCAGCGGCAGUGCCUACCGGCCGCCCUGCGGGGAGGAGGAUGCCGCGCCGAGGGCUGCGUUUCCUGCGGGGCCCCGCUGCCGCCCGCCGUUGCGCGGCCGAGACCUCCGUCCAGGUAGACUCGGCGCGGGGGGCGCCCGGCGGUUCGUCGGUGCUGUUGAAGGGUUGGCCGCGACUGACGGCGGUUCUCUGUUCAUCUUGCAGGACUUCAAGGUGGGGAACCUCCUGGGGAAAGGCUCCUUCGCUGGGGUCUACAGAGCGGUGUCCCUAAAAACCGGCCUUGAAGUGGCUAUCAAAAUGAUAGAUAAAAAAGCCAUGCACAAAGUUGGAAUGGUACAGAGGGUUCAAAAUGAGGUGAAAAUACAUUGUCAGCUGAAGCAUCCAUCUAUACUUGAGCUUUAUAAUUACUUUGAAGAUAGCAACUAUGUGUACUUGAUACUUGAGAUAUGUCACAAUGGUGAAAUGAGCAGAUACAUAAAGAACAGAAAGAAACCCUUUUCAGAAGAAGAAGCCCGACACUUCUUGCAUCAGAUUAUUACGGGUAUGCUGUAUCUUCACUCUCACGGAAUAUUGCAUCGGGACCUCACCCUUUCCAACCUCUUACUCACCAAUAAUAUGAAUGUCAAGAUCGCUGAUUUUGGACUAGCAACUCAGUUGAAAAUGCCUCAUGAAAAGCAUUAUACAAUGUGUGGAACUCCUAAUUACAUUUCUCCAGAGAUAGCCACCAGAAGUCCACAUGGACUUGAAUCUGAUGUGUGGUCUUUGGGCUGUAUGUUUUACACUCUUCUGAUUGGAAAGCCACCUUUUGACACUGACACGGUCAAGAACACGCUGAAUAAAGUAGUAUUGGCAGAUUAUGAAAUGCCAGCCUUUUUGUCAAGAGAGGCACAAGAUCUUAUACAUAAACUGCUCCGAAAAAAUCCGGCAGAUCGUUUGAGUCUUUCUUCCGUGCUGGAUCAUCCUUUUAUGUCUCGGUGCAACUCUGCACGAAGUAAAGAUUCAGGAACUUCAGAGGAUUCUAUGGACAGUGGAAAUGCUACAAUCUCUACCACUUUUACAGGCUCUUCUAGCCUCAGUACCAGUGGCUGCUUGAAGGAAAAGAAGAAGUUAUUAGUUGGACAGCCACUCCCAAAUAAAAUUACUUUUUUUCCUAAAAAUAAGAACUCUAAUAACUCUCCAUCUGUAGAUGGAAGCAGUUCUUGUAAUCAGUGGGGAGCUCAGGGAAAAGAAACUGGCCUAUCUGGCAGGGGAAGAGCCAUGCAACUUGUUGGAGAGAGGCCACAUUCACGCUAUCUCCGAAGAGCCCAUUCUUCUGACAGGUCUGGCACAUCCCAUAGUCAGACUCCAGGAAUAUCAAAUGUUGCAGAGAGAUGUCACUCUAUGGAACUGCUUUCCAAGCCUAGAGUAGGAACAAGGGAAAACACAGAAUGCUGUUCACCUGCAAACAGCUAUACUGAUAUGGGAGAAAUAUUUAAGGAGAAGACUUUGAGUAGUUCUGGUUCUUUUGAAGGACAAAUGUCUCCACCUGUGAAAGAUCAACCACACUCAAAUUAUCUCUGCCCAAUGAAGCCCCAUGUUGGUUUAUUAGAGCAGAAGUCCCAGACUGAAACAAUGCAGCAGUGGCUUGGAAGCAUGCAAACAAAUGUUCAGCUGAGACCACCUGCAGACAUAAUUGGCAACAGUGAUGCACACGGAGGUUUUCGGUAUCAUCGGGGUGUACAGCAAGAUGCAUCAAGAAAUGCAUGGAACGCCUUAAAAGAUGUAAGGAGUCCUGAUGCAUCCCUUGACUGCCCACAUUCUAUAAACCAGAGAAACCCAAAGAAAUUCACCUCUGGACUUCUCUCCAAGUCUGAGAAAAUUCAACCGUCUUCUGCCUGUGGUCUUCAGCCAACUUCAGAACAAAAGCAAGCCUGGGGCAAAGAACAACCAGUACAUCAGAAACCUACGUUGCGAAGUAUUGUAUUCCCUCUCACUGCUCACAGGCUAAAACCGAUCAGGCAAAAAACAAAAAAUGCAGUGGUGAGCAUUCUAGAUAAUGGGGAAGUAUGUAUGGAAUUUCUAAAAGAACACCAUUCACAAGAAUUUGUGAAAGAAGUUCUAAGAAUAUCUUGUGAUGGAAAUGUGAUUGCAGUUUAUCAUCCAAAUGAAGGAAGAGGCUUCCUUCUUGGUGACAGACCUCCUGCUCCUCCUGAAGACAUCUGUAUGUAUAACUUCGACAACUUGCCAGAAAAGUACUGGAAAAAAUACCAGUAUGCAGCCAAGUUUGUGCAGUUGGUGAGAACAAAAACCCCCAAAGUUACCUUCUAUACAAGAUAUGCCAAGUGCAUGUUGAUGGAAAAUUCACCCACUGCAGAUGUUGAAGUUUGUUUUUAUGAUGGAGCAAAGAUACACAAGACAGCUGGUAUGACUCGAGUGAUUGAAAAAUCAGGGAAAUCUUUCACUUUGAAAGGAGAAAGUGAAGCAAGUAUGAAGAAGGAAAUACAAGUAUAUAUGGAUCAUGCAAAUGAGGGACAUCGUAUAUGUCUUGCACUGGAAUCUGCUGUUUUGGAAGAAGAAAAGAGGAGUGGAAGUGUUCCAUUUUUUCCAAUAAUUGUUGGAAGAAAACCUGGCAAUACUGAAUCACCACAAGCUCUAGCACCUCCAUCAUUAGAUGACACAAGCUGUAUGAAAGAAGUUAUGGCACUGGAUGGAAAUAUGGCUGUCAGCUGUACUGCUGUUCAAACUCCAGAUGUUACUCCUGUGGUAUCAUAUGAAAAGUCUACAUUUAUGAUGAAUGUUACUGAAACUGCUUGCUCUUCUGUUCAUCAAAAGGAAUGCAGUCCAAAUUCAGCCCAACUUUUAAAAUCUGUCUUUGUGAAAAAUGUUGGUUGGGCUUCUCAGCUGACCAGUGGAGCAGUAUGGGUUCAGUUUAAUGAUGGAUCACAACUGGUAGCACAAGCAGGUGUUUCUUCUAUCACAUACACAUCUCCAGAUGGCCAGACAACCAGGUAUGGAGAAAAUGAUAAGUUGCCAGAAUACAUCAGAGAGAAGUUGCACUGUCUAUCUUCUAUUCUUGUGAUGUUUACCAAUCCAGCUGGUUCCCAUUAAUUAAAGCAAAGCAGGUCUCUGGAUGUGACAGCUUAAUAAAAUCACUCACUGGCACUCAAGUAAAGUGACUGAUUUCACUCAGACUAUCAAAAAUUCUUCUCAAAGCUGGUCAAAAUUAGGAAGGGUUGCUUUAUGUAUUGCAAAUUGCUGGAAAAGCAUCUUACAACGCAUAUUCUUCCUGAAUGACACAGAAACUUGCUCAAGUAAAAUUUUGAGCAACUAACUUCUACGUAACCUCAACUUGGAAACUUCUCGGAAAUUGUCUAAGUCAAUAUCGUGGUGUACUUUUUUCCCCCCACUGUGCUCACUUAGUUGCCAGCAAUCAAGGAGAAUGCAUCUGUGCUGUUGAAGUGUUUGUACUUGUAAAUAACUUGUAUUUUUACAUCCUACAAGAAAUAUAUGUAAAUAUGUAUAUGUUUUAUAGCUGUUUUUAUGUUUUUAUUUUUGU